CUCAUUCAGGACCAUGGAGAGCAGCCCCAGCAGCCCCAGCAGCCCGCGGCCUCCGCAGUCGGAUCCCCUGGAGGCUUUUCCCCAGAAGAGCCUGGAGCCUGGAGACAUCGCGGUGCUGGUGCUUUACUUCAUUUUCGUCCUGGCUGUUGGACUCUGGUCCACGGUGAAGACCAAAAGAGACACGGUGAAAGGCUACUUCCUGGCUGGAGGGGACAUGGUGUGGUGGCCAGUGGGCGCGUCCUUGUUCGCCAGCAAUGUCGGAAGUGGACAUUUCCUUGGUCUGGCGGGGUCAGGGGCUGCUGUGGGUAUCUCGGUCACUGCUUAUGAGCUGAAUGGCUUAUUUUCUGUGUUGAUGUUGUCUUGGAUCUUCCUCCCCAUCUACAUCGCUGGGCAGGUCACCACGAUGCCGGAGUACCUGCGGAAGCGCUUUGGGGGCAGCAGGAUCUCCAUCACCCUGGCCGUGAUCUACCUGUUCAUGUACAUCUUCACCAAGAUAUCGGUGGACAUGUAUGCGGGCGCCAUCUUCAUCCAGCAGUCUCUGCACCUGGACCUCUACCUCUCGGUGGUGGGGCUCCUGGCCAUCACGGCUCUGUACACCGUUGCAGGUGGCCUGGCGGCGGUGAUCUACACGGACACUCUGCAGACUGUGAUCAUGCUCCUGGGCGCACUCAUCCUGAUGGGCUACAGUUUUGCUGCGGUUGGCGGGAUGGACGGGCUGAAGGAGAAGUACUUCUCGGCCCUGGCUAGCAACCGGAGCGAGAACAGCAGCUGCGGGCUGCCCCGGGAAGACGCCUUCCAUAUCUUCCGAGAUCCAGUGACGUCUGAUCUCCCGUGGCCGGGGAUCCUGUUUGGAAUGUCCAUCCCAUCCCUCUGGUACUGGUGCACGGAUCAGGUGAUUGUUCAGCGGACCCUGGCUGCCAGGAACCUGUCCCAUGCCAAAGGAGGAUCCCUGCUGGCCGCGUACCUGAAGGUGCUUCCCCUGUUCAUAAUGGUGUUCCCUGGCAUGGUGAGCCGCAUCCUCUUUCCAGAUCAAGUGGCUUGUGCACAUCCAGAAAUCUGCCAGAAAGUCUGCAGCAACCCCUCCGGCUGCUCCGACAUCGCCUACCCCAAGCUGGUGUUGGAGCUCCUGCCCACAGGCCUGCGUGGGCUCAUGAUGGCUGUGAUGGUGGCGGCUCUCAUGUCCUCCCUCACCUCCAUCUUUAACAGUGCCAGCACCAUCUUCACCAUGGAUCUGUGGAAUCACAUCCGGCCACGGGCCUCUGAGAAGGAGCUCAUGAUUGUGGGCAGGGUGUUUGUCGUUCUGCUGGUGUUGGUGUCUAUCCUGUGGAUCCCCGCGGUCCAGGCCAGCCAGGGCGGCCAGCUGUUCAUCUACAUCCAGUCCAUCAGCUCCUACCUGCAGCCGCCGGUGGCCGUAGUCUUCAUCCUGGGCUGCUUCUGGAGGCGGGCCAACGAAAAGGGUGCCUUCUCAGGCCUGAUCUUGGGCCUGCUCCUAGGCUUGAUCAGGCUGGUCCUAGACUUUAUUUACGUGCAGCCGCUGUGUGAUCAACCCGAUGAGCGCCCUGCAGUCGUGAAGGACGUCCACUACCUCUACUUCUCCAUGAUCUUGUCCACGGCCACCCUGAUCAUUGUGUGCACCGUGAGCUGGUUCACAGAGCCGCCCUCCAAGGAGAUGGUCAGUCGCCUGACCUGGUUUACAAGGCACGACCCCAGGGUCCAGAAGGAACCAGUUCCACCAGCAAUUCCCCUGCCUCUUACACUGUCUCAGAAUGGGACCCCAGAGACCACCAGCACCAGCAUCCAGAAUGAGAUUGUUCAAGAAAACAUGUCCAAACCCCACAGCUGUGAUGUGACCCCAAAGCGGUCCAAAGUAGUGAAGGCCAUCUUGUGGCUCUGUGGAAUGGAGAACAAGGGCAAAGAGGAGCCCCCAGGCAAAGUGGAACCUGUGAUAGAUUUCUUGGAGGAAAACCCCAUUGUGAAAACCCUUCUGGAUGUCAACUGCAUUGUCUGCAUGACCUGUGCCAUCUUCCUGUGGGGCUACUUUGCUUAAUGCAGAGUGGACCCAGGGG